AUGCUCUCCUCCCGUGGCGCCAAAAAGGCAGAAUUGCCAAAGACUCCUUGGCGAUAUGCCCCUCCACAUACAUACAACAAGGAAACUAACCCCGCGGGGCUUAUUUCAUUUGGCAUGGCAGAGCAUAUACCAAUGCGGACUGAAAUAGCAAAGUACAUCAACAACAAGGUCACAUUCACCGAGGACUCCGUUGGAUAUGGAUCCAGCUCAUCAAGUCGCAAUCGCCUACCGAAUGCAGUGGCCUCCCACCUCAACAACAUUCUGAAGCCACUUUCACCGAUUGAGCCAGAAACAGUCAUUGUCGCCAGCGGCAUCACUGCCAUUGGGAGCAUGCUCAGCUUCACACUGGCCGAGCCCACAGACGGUAUCCUAGUCAGUCGACCAGUCUACGGACGCUUUGAACUCGAUUACGGGGUCGAAGCAGAUGUGCAGAUCGUGUAUGCAGACACGGAUCCCGAGGAGGCAUUUUCCCCUGUCGUGGUCGAUAAGUACGAGGCAGCGCUCAAACGUGCAGAAGAGGAUGGGACCAAGAUUCGAGCAGUGUUGAUCGUAAACCCGCAUAACCCUGUAGGGCGCUGCUACCCAGCAGAAACACUAAAGGAAAUCCUCCGAUUCUGCAAUAGACACAAACUCCACCUCAUCAGCGACGAAGUAUACGCAUCCUGUGUCUUUGACUGGGGAGACCCGAGCGCAGUCCCUUUCACCUCGGUCUUAUCCAUCAGUACACCUGACCUGAUCGACCCUAACCUCGUGCACUUACUGUAUGGAUUCAGCAAGGACUUCGCAGCCGGAGGCCUCCACCUCGGCUUCUUAAUCACGCAAAACGCGUCCCUCCGUCAAGCAUGUAAAGCAAUAUUGAGACUCCACAAUGCCUCAACAGCCUCCAUAACAAUCGGAGCAACCAUCCUCGAAGACCAAGAUUUCAUCGCCCAAUUCACCCAGAAAUCCCGCCAAAGUCUAGCAUCGACAUACCGAAUCGCCACAUCAACACUUAACCAAGAAGGCAUCAAUUACGUUAAACGAGGGUAA